AUGAUUGAUGGAAUGGCACUGGUAGGGGGCUGUGAACCUCUUCAGAGCUACCUACAUAAGCGGUUACCAGAGAAUUUGAACAGCGAAGCAGCUCUAGGAACCGUAGGAGAUGUGGCUCAGUGUGUCGAGUGGCUGCGUUCUACAUUUUUAUAUGUGCGCUCUGCUCGAGAUCCUAAGAGAUAUCUCGGCUUACCACAAAAUUCACCACAGCAUCUAAUUUCUAAGAAAAUUGAAGAGUUGUGCGUAAAAGCAAUGAACGGCUUAGCUUCUUCAGGCCUCAUAACCAUGGACGAAGCUAGUUGUAUAGAAUCUACUGAAGCUGGACGCCUAAUGUCUAUUUUUUAUUUGGAUGUAGAAACUAUGAAGCUAUUGAUGAGGAUUGAAGGCACAGAAUCAUUAGAAGGUCUUCUAGCAAUAAUAUGCGAGAGCCAUGAACUGUCCGAUAUGCACUUACGAAUAGACGAACGACGAUGCCUAAAUGCGCUGAAUAGAAAUCACUCUGCAGCCACUAUACGUUUCCCUAUGAAAGGGAAGAUUAGUACCAGGCAAAUGAAGCUUAAUUGUGUAAUUCAAGCUGUUCUCGGAUGUCUUGCAAUCCCUGACCCAUCACUAAACCAGGAGGCUAUGAAAAUUAUGAGGAUAGCGGAUAGAGUUUGUAAAUGUUUAGUAGCAUACGUGACCCGUCCAGAUUUAGUAUGUCGUCAACCGAAAUUUUAUUCAGUUGUGCUCAACUCUAUUGUACUUGCUAAAUGUAUAGCAGCACAUCUUUGGGAGAACUCUCCGUUUGUGAGCAAACAAUUGAAGGGCAUUGGUCCUACAUUUAGCAUGCUUUUAGCCACAGCUGGCAAAGUCAAUUUUAUGUUGCUUGAAGAAAGUCAUCCAAGAGAUCUAGAACGGAUAAUGAACAAAGGUCCACCAGCGGUUGGCCUUGACGUGCAAUCAGAGUAUAUAUUUAAAGAUUUGAACAAAUUCUUUGGGCCACCUAAUGCAAACUACACAAUUAAUGAGAUAUUUAUGAAUGAUACGGUAGAAAAAGAAAAUGAGUCACUUAGAAAACGCAAAAGAAAUAAUAGUACGGACGCCGAUAAAAAUCAGUCUAAGGGAAAGAAAAAAAGAGAAAACGCUGUCAUAAAGAACUUUGAAUACUUAAAAAAAAAGUUUGAAACUGAAUCUCAAGUCAUUAAAGAAAAUUGUAAUUUGAAUUCUAAGAAUAAUGAAGGUGUAACCCAUAAUGACAUUCUAAGCACAGAAAUUGUAAGCCAGAAUAAAAUAAAUGCUGAAUACAAUAACAUAAGCAAAGAUAUGAAUUUAGUUUUGGAUAUUGACAGUGAUAAUUUUAUAGAUAAUGAUGAAAAAAUUAAUAAUAUAAUAACUGAAAUUGAAAAUGAAAUGUCUAAAAGGAAAAUUUACAAAAAAAAAUCAAAUUUAAAACAUCUUGCUAAUAUUUCAGAGACUGAAAAUUCUCAACACUCAUCGGCAUUUAAGUGCGAACCAAUUAAUAAAAUACCUUAUCAGCAUAAACUUAAAACCCGAAAGGCAUUACCUGCUAAAUCAAAUUACACUUUUAUUGAUAUGUUAGAAAAAAACGUGAGCGAUGACAAUGAUGAAACUGUAGAAACUAGUAGCUAUCAUGGAUUUUCGGAUACCGUUAAGAGUUAUAUUAAUAAGUUUAUACUAAAAACAGAAUCUGAAACUAAAAUACAUGAUACUAAUUUGCCGUCAUUAUUAGUGAACGAAGAUAAGGCUGUAUCAGAUAAAAAAGAAUAUUCAAAUGAAAUUGAAAUUGCUGUAUCUAACAGCGUGAAUAACUUAUCUACACAAAAACUUUAUCCUCAUUAUGAAAUUAAAGAAAUAUUAGAUGGACAAAAAAACAUUAAAGAGUCUGAAGUAAACUCAAGUCCUCAGAAAUUAGUCAUGAAAGUUCCAUCAAAUAUUGGCACUGGUUAUAAUACAACUCGGCAAAUUGCUGAUGUACUAAGUCCUGUACUCGUGCAAUCAGACGCCGUAAACAUAAGAAAUAUUUAUCAUAAUAACCAAAAUAACUCAAAUAUAUCACGCGUUUUAAAUGAAACUUUCCAAAAGCCUAAUAAUUUACACGAUGCAUAUGAAUCAAACUCUGAUAACAUUCAUGUUGACUAUAAUAAAAAUGAAGCAGAGACAAACAGAGAUAAUAUUACUUUAUUAGACAAAGAAAUGGUUUUACCCACUAAGAGGGAUAGCGUGAAAAUUGAAGAAAUACCAAGUGACAUUUUGCCAUUCAAACGAAAAAGUACUAACACGACUGAUAUCAGUCCCAAAAAAAUAUCAAUUAUAGAAGGCUAUAAUCUCAGUGUAAUGCCUGUUACUUAUGAACCUUAUGAAUUUACUCUAAUUGAUUCGACUGGUGGAAAAACCAUACAACAAAACAGUCAAGGCAUAGAGGAGGUAUCAGAUAAACGUUGUCAUGAAAGUUACGAGUUCAAUAAGACCCUUUCAUUGAUGACUGAUGAUUACAAAAGUGCUAUAAUACCAAAACAUUUGACUUAUUUGGACAGAUGCCAAAUAAUAAAUGCGACAACAGUAUCAAACAAUAAUGACCAACAAAUUAUCUCUGAACCAGUUUGUACCAAUAAUUACGAUCAUCCUAAGUUAUUGAACUAUUGCUCAAGUAACGAGUAUUGCAAUAGGAACAGAAAUGAAUAUGUGAAGAAGUAUUAUUUAUCAACGAGACAAAUUGAUAUAGGGACAACAGAAAUUGCCGACUGUAAUAUCCAAAUAAUAAAGGAAAUUAAAAUGGAUUUAAAAAUUACGGCAAUAGUUUCUGCUAGUCGGUGUCAACAAAAUUAUAGUGCAGAGUCAGAUCUCAUAAAAUCAGACAAUAUUAAGAAACUCGAAAAUAAUCCACCUCCAAUGUCAACCCAUGAUAAUGUACAAAACGGCAGUGAUGAUAACCAAUGUACAAUCCAGUGUAUACAACCAGCAGUUAAUUGGGACUUACAAAAAAAAGACGAAAAAAAUAAAACAGGGCAUCAAGUACUUGUCUCCAGCAAUAGAGCUGCAGAACAUACAAAAAAUAUGUUUUAUGACGGAAGUUAUUCGAAUUGCAAAGAGAUGAAUAGUAUUCAAGGUAUUUCCGAAUAUUUACACCCUAACGUAAGAGAAAGUAUGGAACCUGUCAACACUGUUAACAACAAAAUAAACUACGACUCUGAUUAUCUUAAUAGUGUCAAGCAUUUGUCAGGAAUGGCUAUGAACGGGACGCAAGGGAAAGAAAAUAACAACAUAGUAAAUACUCCACCAAAUAAAGUCCAUAAUAUAUUACAAAAAUACAGUAAAAUCUUUGAAAAAGAAACUAAUAAAGAUCAACCACCAGUUUAUUCAGCACCAAAUAAAAAUACUACUAACAAAAGAACUCCACCAAAAUCGAAAAAACCAUUUAAAAUUAGUAAGAUUGAGGACCUCCAAGAGACCGUACCAGAAACAAUGAUUCACAGCCGUAAACAAAAUCAACAAAUAUCAAUGCCUACGAAACUAGUAAGCAAUGAAUUAAUUUGGAAAAAAAUUGAAGAAACUCAAUGUAAUAACAUUCAGUUCAAAGGGGAUUAUAUAAAUGAUUGGAGAUCGUAUGAAUCUAUAACUGAUAUAGAUUUAGAACCACUUAACAUACCCGCCGAAAUUAGUUUAGAACCAGAUAUAGAUCACAAUUUCGAUCAAUCAAUGUUUGAUCCAAAAACUCUUUUGCAGUUUACAUUUGAUACUGAUAGCAAGGAAAUUUAUACGCCACCUCCACAGUUUUGUGAUUUUAAUACAGAUUUACAAAAUCAUUAUGAUGCUGAGGAUCCAGACGUAACAAAUACUUCUAAACGAUUUGACGAAUCGCAGAUUGGAAUCCCUGUAGACACAGAAUUUAAUUGCGAUGAAAGUAUAUUUGAAGAUGGUUGUACCCCACAUUUAACACCUUCCAGAGAGAUUGAAACUUGGACGUUAGGUGAACCAGAGCGUUCGGAAGAACGAAACUUUUCUUUGUCAUUAAGUCCAGCAAAAUCUUUUACGGUUGAACUCACACCAUUCAAUUUAAAAGAAACUUGGUGCGUGCAGGAUCCUCGUCUUUGCCUGGUAACUGAAAAGCAAGCACUGACGACGACUCUGUACAGUUAG